AUGGAUGAACAGGCAGCAAAUACAACCACGGUGAAUCCCGAGUCAGGAACCGCCGAGAUGGCUCUGACCAUAAAAGUGAUCUAUUUUUCGGGAUUGCUCAUAACUCUGGCUGGCUUUGUGCUGAACUGUUUCUGUUUUCUGGCGGUCAAAAACCUGCCCGAAUCCAGUGGCUCUACUCUCAUGAAGUAUCUGGCAGUUUGGGACUCCAUGGCUGUGUUGGAAGAUGGAAUUCUUAGAUGGGGCUUGGAACUGCUAGGUAUCAAUUUGGCAGUUGUGCAUGAAAUCCUGUGCUACAUGUUCAACAUGUUUUCCUGGUCAACCAAUGCGGGCGCAACCUACACCGUCAUAGCGAUGGCACUGAACAGAGUUGUCGCAAUCAAAGCUCCUUUCUGGUACAACAACAAUGUCUCCUCAACGACUGCCCAUAAAAUCAGUCUGGCAGUUCUAAUUUUCGCUGGCGCAAUGGGGAGUCAAGCUCUGGCGUUUUACCGUCUGGACAAAACUCGAGGCUGUACGUGGUUCAGUUCUUUAAAUGCCGCUUUUGUGAUGGCAUUUGUCAACACGGCUGUCUUCUUUUUUAUACCCAUAGUCGUGUUGGUUGUCAGCGACCUUAUAUUCGUUCGGGGGCUAGCCGAACGCACGAGCAAAUCUCUAUCAUCAGGAGCGAGAGGAGCGCCGACAAAAGACGCGGCGACUCUAGAAAGAGAGAGACAAAAAGAGUCGCGGGCACGAGAGUACACGAUAUUUCUAAUUUGUUUGACGAUCUCGUAUCUUGUUUGCUACUUGGGGGUGGUUAUCUUUUCAUCUAUGGCUGGGUGGGGCGCAGCAUACGGGGAUCUGUUGCGAGUCAUCAGCAAGUUGUUCGUGAUUGUGAACAACUCUAAGAACUUCAUUUUCUACUAUAUGAGUGGUGAUGCAUUCCGGUCAGCGUUCAAACAGGUCUUGCGUUCGUCCAAAUGA